UGUUAACCAAAGGGCGUACACCCACGGAACGGUGCGCUGUGUAACGUGUUUCAACGUUUCGCAGUGUUCACAGCCGAGCUGCAUUCGUGGUGUUUUGAAAGUUUAUAACAUUUCUGCCACGCUCCUCUUAAUUGGACGAUUGCCUUCUCUGCUUCCGAAUGAGCACAAUUUAUGCAAAGCAGUGUCCCCUAAAUCAAGAUCUGCUGCCUCGUCCGAGCAUCUAAGUUACUUCAGAAAAAAAGAUUAAGCAGCCAUGCGGUGGUGUUUCAGCUUUGCUCAAACCCUCGUCUUCAUGCACAUGGCCAUGGGCCAGGAGAAAUCUGACGGUGACCGUGCUGUGGGUGGCAUGCUGGUGUACCCAACUGAUGGCAGCCACUGGAUGAGCCUGCGUGAUCUGUCCCUCGCCUUAUCUCGGCGUGGUCACCGAGUGGUCGUGGCAUUACCCGCGACAGGUAAUAUGAUGGUGGGGGAGACGCCUGGGCUAGACUCGGAGACCUUCCCUGUGCCCUUUGUUGAUAAACAUAACAUGUUAGAGACGUUUUUACGAGAAAUGGUAUUUAAAGAAACAGAUGGCGUUACAGAAUUCACCUUUAGGAGCUUGGAGAAUAUCAACAAGAAGUUUGCCGGAAUGUGUGAUAGCUUACUUGGCAAUGUUGCUGUGAUGCAGCGACUUCGAACCUAUAACUUUAAGGUUCUUCUCGCUGACCCCAUGGAUCCAUGUGGAGCAAUUUUAGCUGAUGCACUGGGGCUCCCGUCAAUAUUUCUAAUGCGUGGUAUUCCAUGCAAUAUCGACUUAAAAGCUGCCCACUGCCCAGCACCAUCGUCGUACGUUCCCCAAAGUAUGUCAGGCUUCACAGACCACAUGAGUUUCACCGAGCGGGUCACCAACAUGUUUAUGGGUUUCAAGCAGGAUCACCUGUGUAUUGACUUCCUUCUGAAACGCUUUGAUGAGCUGGCCAGGCGCCACCUGGGCCGGGACGUCACGGCCAUGGAGCUGCUUAGCAAUGCGUCCAUCUGGCUGUACCGGACAGACUUUGUCUUUGACUAUCCCCGCCCGACUAUGCCCAACAUGGUGAAUGUCGGAGGUAUGACAUCUGGUGAAGCUAAACCUCUUCCACAGGAUUUGGAAGAGUUUGUGCAGAGUUCUGGGGAGCAUGGUGUGGUGGUGGUGUCAUUUGGAUCCUUGGUGUCAGCCAUUCCUCAUAGAAUAGCAAACAUUCUUGCAGAGGGCCUGGGCAGAAUCCCACAAAAGGUUAUAUGGCGCUAUGAAGGACCAACCGUCGAAAAGCUCUCAAACAACACAAAAGUGAUGCCCUGGUUACCACAGAGGGACCUCUUAGCCCACGCUAAGACUCGUGUAUUCGUGACGCACGGUGGAUCGCACGGCAUCUACGAGGCCAUCUGCUAUGGCGUCCCCAUGCUCGGCCUGCCACUCUUCGGGGACCAGUUCGAAAACAUGGCCCGCAUGCAAAGCAAGGGUGCAGCACUGGUGCUCAACAUUCACUCCCUCGACGCUGGCUCUCUCGCCUCGUCCAUCUCCACAAUCGCCACCCACAAGAGCAGCUACAAGGAGAAGGCGUCACUUCUCUCGCGUCUGUACCACGACCAGCCGCAGAAGCCCAUGGACAGGGCAGUGUUCUGGGUGGAAUUUGUGAUGCGGCACGGUGCUGGGCACCUGCGAGUGGCGGCUCACCACCUCACCUGGUACCAGGAGGCCAGCUUUGAUGUGGCGGCGUUUCUGCUGGCAGCCAUAGUCCUGGUGACAAGCGUGUUGACUGCGCUCAUCACGAUCUGCUGUCGCUGGCUCUGUAGGGCCAAACAUCGUAACGUCACUGUAAGCAAAGAAAUGGCAGCCUCUAAAAAACACAAAUGAUUUUAAUCGGAGCAAAAAAAGAAUCUAUAUUACAUUUAGUGCACGUGUAAAUAUCUUCGAAAACAAUAUGAUUGUGCUGAUUUUGUUUUCUGAAGUUGAAUGCGAAUGUAAUUCCCUUGAAUGUGUUUUUUUUAAAUAACGUCUGGCUAAUUUCAUUCAAGUGGUCUUAGCAAGUAGAUUUUGUCGACGCAUGGCUUUGGAGACACUUUGAAUGUUAGCGAUUGAGACUGGUUUUGUACGGUAAUUUUAUUUUGUAUUGGGUUGGGUAAUUGGUCUCUUGUUGAUUGCUUUCUAUGAAACUUUGACAUCAUAAGGUGAUCAAGUGGACAGGUGUCUCAAGGCUCAGAGAUCCACCCAUAGUACCGGCAGUACGCACUUGAUGUUGUGGCAAUUUUAGGAGAAAAUGCACAAAGUAAAUUUUGAUUUAAAGCUUUCGUGACUGCAGGGAUUCAUCUUCUUGGUUCUUUCGGUAAAGUCACGUAGAAGGGAAAUAAUAAAAUAAUAAAAAUAAAACAUAAUAAAAUAAUUCUCACAACGUUUCGGCCACAACGCAAGCAGCCGUCCUCAGGUGAAGAACAGGUCUGUCGGAAAGACUCGAUCAAUAAUCUCCAUAGUCCUCAUUUCGCCUGUCCCGUGCCUCCAACUCUGUAAUGAGCAAUUGCAGAACGCGGUUAUCUUCCCCGUUGAAAAUUAGCUAGUAUGUUUCUGGACAGAUUGUACUUGGCUUAAUCGAAUGCUUCAAUGUAACCGAGCAUCAUGAUGUUCCUGAAAAAGGGGCUAACGGCGAUUUCGCUUGAGUUGCGUAAGUUGUCCACUUGACACGAUUUAUUUUUUAUUUUUUAUAAACCCACAUUUUAAGCAGGGAUAUUGUUUCAACCUUUUUUAAAUCCUUUAUAUUAAGUUCACUUGCUUGCUUAGGACCGUGCAAAUCUUUCGGUCGUUUUUUAACCCACUUCCCGUGAUCCAAUCGAGCACAGACUCGUUGUGCGUGACAAUGCAUUUUCGUGAAAAAAAAUUCAAAAAUUUUACACUGUUUAGGGAAUUUUUUAAAAAUAUUUAAUUACCAAUUGUUUAAUGCUGCCAGACAAUCAUCUGACCCAUAGGUGGCAGCCAUCUCAAGCCAGAGGAUGAGAGGACUCUAGCCGCCCCGAUGCCACGCAUAUAAAGGAUUUAUAGUGAAAAACUUUGUUUUUACGGGUUUACUUGUUUCAAACAACGUGUGCUUGAUUCAGGCAGCGGGCCAUCCUUUUGCCGAAUUGCCUUUAAAAACAAAAUUAAAGAGAAUACUCUUCUUUAAACAUGAUGUGAGAUGAUAAUUGGUUCUUUACCCUUCUAUCUGGCAACAAAACUGACACCUUUUUACAA